UUUAUUUUCUUGCGCCUUGCCUUAACAUGUUAUGUUUAUGUUGUAGAGUCGAGGAAUAAUUUAUUCCCUGUUGCGUUGAGUCUAAGCACGAAAGUGGCAGUUUGGAAUAUUUUUGCAAGAAGAUAUCAAUCUACCACAAUAAGAAUUCACUACUCUACUCUACUAGCUCCAAGAGUUGUCUCUGACUCUCUGGAUUAAUGGAGCCAAAAUGGGAAGGCAAGGUGUCUACAAAACUGACAAAAGCCAGAGCAGACCAGAUAUGGCCUCUUUUCUUAGACUUCUUCAACUUACAUAAAUGGUUUCCAAGUCUAGCCACCUGCUAUGGCGUCCAUGGAAUCAACGGUCAGACUGGUUGCAUCCGAUACUGUUCUGGCUGUUCAAUUUCACCUAGUGCCAGCAAUGAAAACAACCCUCAAGCUAGCUGGUCCACAGAGAGAUUAAUAAGCGUUGAUCAUGUUCAACGCAGUUUAAGCUACGAAAUAGUUGACAACAACAUUGGGUUCAAGUCAUAUGUUUCAACGGUCAAGAUUGUUCCAGAAGACAAUGAAGGUGAAAAUCAAAGUGGGUGUGUGAUUGAGUGGGGGUUCACAGUUGAUCCAGUGGAAGGAUGGGUAUUGGAUGAUUUAGUGAAGAAGUAUGAUAUGGGCCUACAGCGCAUGGCUAAGAGAAUGGAGGAUGCAUGCAAUUCAAGUUUAGAGAAGUAA